GCGGCCUGAGGGCGACACGGGGCUGCGGCGGCGCCUCCCGCGGCGGGAGGGGACCGGGGGCGCGGCGCUGCUCCAUGUCGGCCCCGUCCUGCGGGAAAUAUGAUCAGCGCCCCUGACGUGGUGGCCUUCACCAGGGAGGAGGAGCUGGAGGAUGAUCUGUACCGCGAGCCGCCCCUACCCGAGGAGUACUCGGUGCCGCUGUUCCCCUUCGCCGGCCACGGCGCCAACCCCUGGGCCAAGGUCGCCGGCUCCAAGUUCACCCGGGACUUCAUCCUCAUCUCCGAGUUUUCGGAGCAAGUGGGGCCCCAGCCCCUCCUGACCAUCCCCGAUGACGCCAAGGUGUCGGGCACCUUCGAUCUCAACUAUUUCUCCCUGCGGAUCAUGUCUGUGGAUUACCAGGCGUCCUUCGUGGGGCACCCCCCUGGCUCUGCCUACCCAAAGCUGAACUUCGUGGAGGAUUCCAAGGUGGUGCUGGGGGACUCCAAGGAAGGGGCCUUCGCCUAUGUGCACCACCUGACCCUGUAUGACCUGGAAGCCCGUGGCUUUGUGAGGCCCUUCUGCAUGGCCUACAUCUCUGCUGACGAGCACAAAAUCAUGCAGCAGUUUCAGGAACUCUCCGCCGAGUUCUCCAAAGCCUCCGAAUGCCUCAAGACAGGGAACCGGAAAGCCUUUGCCAACGAGCUGGAAAAGAAACUGAAAGACCUCGACUACACCAGGACUGUCCUGCACAACGAGACCGAGGCGCAGAAGAAAGCCAACGACAAGGGGUAUUACACAACCCAGGCCAUCGAGAAGGCCAACGAGCUGGCCAGCGUGGAAAAGUCCAUCAUUGAGCACCAAGACCUGCUGAGACAGAUCCGGUCCUAUCCCUACAGGAAGCUGAAGGAGUCAGAGUUCCACCCCUACGAGCCGGAGUGUGCACUGGAUCGGGCCGACGCGGGCUGUGAUCAGGACCUGGCUCCCUCUGACCCUGCAGAGCCCGGUGAAAUGCACCUUUACACCCACAUCCCAUCCUACACCCCCAAGCUCAUCAAAGCCAAGUCUGCCAAGUGCUUUGACAAGAAGCUGAAGACACUGGAGGAGCUCUGUGAUGUUUAUUUUUUCACCCAAACCCUUGACCAGUUGCACCAUAUCGAGAGGACUUUCCGAGGUGACGUGUGUUACCUCCUGACAGAGCAGAUUAGCCGGGCACUCCUGAAACAGCAGAGUGUCACCAACUUCCUCUUCGAGGAUGUGUCUUUUCUGGAUGAAAAACCUCCUGAAAAACAGUACAGAGGCUGCCAGGGGCUUGGCCAAGAUGCCACGGAUGGAAAGUGUUUGGAAGAGUCCCUCACCCCUAAAGUGGUCAUCAGCCUGGGCUCCUACAAGUCCAGUGUGGAGUGUGUGCCCAUCAAGAUGGAGCAGGAGAUGGAGGACUCCGAAGAACCCAAAAUGUCCGAGUCCGUGACGUCUGAGCCCCAGGAGAACCUGGACUAUCUGGAUGCAGACAUCAAAGGCAGCAUCAGCAGCGGGGAGAGCAUUGAGGUGCUGGGCACGGAGAAGUCGGGGUCAGGGCUGACCAAGUCGGAGAGCCAGGCCAGCCUGCCCGUCAUGCCCAGCCCCCAGGCGGGCCGGAGCAAGGUGGGCAGCCGGCGCACGGUCAGCGAGGACAGCAUCGAGGUGCUCAGCACGUGUCCCUCCGAGUCCCUCAUCCCGGAGGAUUUCAAGGCGAGCUACCCAAGUGCCAUUAACGAGGAGCCCUACGCGGACAACGACGACGAGCGCGGCCUUCGCUUCGCCCCCAGACUGAGCCCGGGCGUCGCCGACGAGCAGGAUGACGUCUCGAAGCAGGAGAGCUUGGUGCAGGUUGAUGCUGCCUGUUGUAUCGGGAAGGAGAGCCCCAACUUCCUGGAGCCUCUGCCUGAGCUGGGGCAGAAGCCGUGCGAGGAGGACGGCGUGGUGCGGAUCCCGCCGCAGCCGUACCGGGCGGCCGAGCAGGGGCUGCGCGGGGGCUUCCCCGCCCACGACGGCGUCCCAGGGGGGCUCCUGCCCUACGAGCUCGACUCACGGUACCUGUCGGGCAGCAGGGAGGUCAGCAAGAGCAGCCUGGACGAGUGCUCGGACUCCACGAGCUACAUCAGCAGCGCUGCCUCCACGUGCUCCGACAGGACCCCUUCUCCUGCCCAUCCCGCCUGCGGGGCCGGAGAGAGGCACAAGAAGAGGGCCGGGCAGAACGCGCUGCGGUUCAUCCGGCAGUACCCCUUCGCCCACCCCGCCAUCUACUCCCUGCUCAGCGGGAGGACCCUGGUGGUGCUCGGGGAGGACGAGGCCAUGGUCAAGAAGCUGGUGACGGCGCUUUCCAUCUUCGUGCCCAACUGCAGCGUGUACGCCAAGCCCGUCAAGCACUGGGUCACCUCCCCUCUGCACCUGGUGGAUUUUCAGAAGUGGAAGUUGAUCGGACUCCAGAGGACGGUGUCCCCCGCGGGGGUGAACGUGCUGCACGCCCUGAGCCGGUACAGCCGCUACCUGAGCAUCCUGGACGCCGACAGCAAGACUCUGCGCUGCCCCCUCUACAAGGGCACCGUGGUGGCCCGGCUGGCCGACCACCGCACCCAGAUCAAGCGGGGCAGCACCUACUACAUGCACGUCCAAAGCAUCCUCACCCAGCUGUGCUCUAAAGCCUUCCUCUUCACCUUCUGCCAUCAUUUGCACCUUCCCAUCAGCGAAAGGGAACCGGAGGAAUCCGUCGUGAACCGCAGGAUGAACUUCCUGAAGCUUCAACUGGGCCUCGCCAAUGAAGAUGUCAAAAUCGUGCAGUAUUUGGCCGAGCUGCUGAAGCUGCACUACAUUCAGGAACCGGGGCGAGGGGGGAGCCCCUUGCUCAGAUUUGACUAUGUCCCCAGCUUUUUGUACAAAAUCUAGCCUUGCCCAGGCCGUGUGCCUGCGUGCUCGGAGUCUGACAGA